AUGGAAAAAAGGAAACAAUCCAAGGCCAUGAUUUCUUUAUUAUGCCUUUGGUCAUUCUUGAUUGCGGGAACUGAUGCAUUUAAGCCGACCCUUGGUCAGGGAGAUGACCCGUCUACGUUUACACACGAGUCAAUUACAGCGAAGGGUGUGGACAAAGCAGCUGUGGACUUCUUAACAUCUUCUGGACAGCUCAACACUUCGAUGACAAAUCUCGGUGCUAGUGAUAUUGUCAAAGAUCUUUUCUUUGGAUCUGAUACGCAUGGCUACCAGAUAUACCUGGAUAGACGCCAGAAGUUCGCAGACGCCGUAGUGAAGGUGUACCGAUUGUACCGCAAUAACCCAGAUUACACUGUAAACUCUGAACGAAUACGCGAAGCUGACAGUCUCGUGAAAACGACAAGAUUAGAGAUUGCUUCCAUCCUGUCAAAUGGAACAUUAGCCAAUGGAUCGAUAGACCUUUUGAUAGAUAAAGUGGGGAAGUGUUUGAUGAUCAUACAGUCCUUCUACAGCAACACAAAUUGGAUAGAGAUGAUGGUGAAUGGUGGAGAGUCCUUUCUGAAAUUUGGAACCCUCGCUCCUCUCACUAUGAAUGUUGCAGCGUCUGGAACUGUUACCUGCCAGAACUGUGAUUAUAGCGUCCCUAAUGCAUGCAAGAAUAACCUUCUUGUCCACGAUCGUUUGACCAGUGGAUACCUAUCUGGUCAGCUGUACUACCCGAAACCUAAUGCUGAUCCACGUGCUACUGAGGGUAAAUGCAGUCAUGGUGGUGUGAAUGACUUCGGUAGGGAUACUGCAGCCAUUGGGGGAAUAAACAAAGAGACACCGGAUUGGAAUUGGUCUCCACAUGCUCAUCUACACAACAUUUCAGGAGAAACAGCCAUUGAAGCAACGGAAGCAUUCUUCAUGGACGCAACGACUGGAUUACUGAGGGGUAUUGAAAACCAGACCAUUGAAUAUAUAUUUCAACUGAAGAAGGCAAAGCAGAAUGUUUCAAUGGGUUUCGUCGUUGAUGUCACUGGAUCAAUGUCAGAUGACAUCAGCAGUGUGAAGAAGUCGUUAAUUAAAACAGUCUCUGCAGUGAUUGGGACCGAAAAUGAACCUCAAAACUAUGUCUUAGCGACGUUCAAUGACCCUGCAAACCUCACCACAGUCAACACGACAACUGACGGAAAUGAGAUGAUACAGUGGAUAGACGCACUGAGAGUGUAUGGAGGAGGUGACUGUCCAGAAUAUGCCAUGUCUGGAAUACAAGCUGCUAUUGCCGCUUGUAUUCCACAUUCCACCAUCUACGUCGCCACCGACGCCGAUGCCAAAGAUGAGUAUCUAUUUGACACUGUACAACAUGCGGCGAAUGCAAAGCAUAUCAAAAUUACAUUUAUUCUGACUAGUUCAUGUGGGCGACGCCGACGAGAUACCCAUUCAUGGCAAAAGAGAUAUAACUCGGCUUUUGAGGCACUCGUUGCAAGUACAGGAGGAAACGUUUAUCAUGUGGAUCAUAGUGAGGUUACAUCAGUACUUGACCAUGCCCUCGAGAAAGAUUUUCCCUCCUCAGAAGCAAUAAUUGAUUACUUUGUCCAAAAAAGCUCUGAAAACGACACGAUGGAUAUUACAGUUGAUUGUGCUGCAGCUGUUCUUGUUAUCGCCAUCUCUGGACCGAACAGUCUAACGGAGGCUUUUUUGUCAGACCCAAAUGGAACAGCCCAACGCUUCCCAAGUAAGGGUGCUACCCAGUACUAUUCCAGCCAUAAAAUUACCAUGUCAGUUCAGAGACCAUCUGCUGGUAUUUGGAAAUUGACUCGAUUCGGGGAUUCUGCAUGGAACGUUAAUGUAACAGCCUCCACCUAUUUUGAUAUCGACAGCCAACUCAAAGAAACGGACAGAUCUGGAAUAUCUUAUGUUUUGGACAGUAAUCCAGUUAUGGGUAAAUCCUACAUCCUGGAAGUUCUAGCUUAUAAUAUGAACUUGAAGUCGACAUCUUUCACACUGCACAUCAUAGACGAGCAGGGAGACCUUAUUCUCAGCCGGGUUAUGCGUUUUAUAUUCAGUUCUUCGAAAGCAACAGGCUAUACGACAGUUGUGAUUCCUUCUAAGAAUUUCUACGUGCAGCUGAGUGGUGUUGACCAAAAUGGUUUCGCAUUCAAAAGAAUGUCUCGAAAACUCUUCACACCAGUAAGCGUGGAGUUAUUCGUACAGCCAAUAUUAGGAAAUCUUGAGGUCGGUACACCGCAGAAUAUAACAUAUAAAGUAAGUAACUUUGGUGGUUCUACUCAGACCUACACCGUUAGUAUCACCGACGACAAGGGUAGGGUUCUACAUCCAACAUAUCGACAGCACAACUUGCGGCCAGGAAAAUCGGCAACAGGACACUUCCAGAUAAUGGGUCGUGUUAAAUUGGAAUUAAUAACCUACACUGUGAGCGUGAAAAUAUCUGGAACUACUGCUGUUCUUCAAUCCAGUACCACUACAUCCAUGUUUGCCGGGUCCGUCUGUUCAUCCUUCAUAUCUAAGAAGUGCAUAUCGAUGGAUACCGGAAGUGACUGUUCGUUGUACAAGUGGUCUGCAACAGUUGUCUUUUCAUUUGAUGUGUCAACAUACGCCAACAGCUCCGGUAUUUCCUUUUCGUUCGAUUCUACCGAUAAAAAGCGUAUACAUGCCAGUGGCACAUGCUGUCAGGAAACCCUCAACGUCAAUGCUAGUUCAUCUACCGGAAGUUGGUGUCAAACUUCUAAACGCCUGAUCGAAUCAGACAAGGAUACAGUCGAUCUACAUUCUGACGGAGGUCCUACUGAAACACAGGACAACGAAAGCGAGCCAGAACAGAAUCCUGUAUCGAAAGGUUCCGAUACUGGGCUUAUUGUCGGUAUUGUAAUCGGAACUGGUGCUGUCGUUGGCAUUGCUGCUAGUGUCGCUGUUUAUAAAGUUAGUAAGGAUACAGCCAAAAAAAGGAAGACUGCGAACUCUGUUGAGAAGAACGGAUAUCGUCCAAACCCUAACAGUGGUAUCGAAACAGAAGCAAAGCAAAAAAUCUAA